AUUCUCGCCGUUUACAUUUCAUUAUUUGUGAUUCGUUUUACUUUUAAAUAUCCUCGCGUUUGUUGUCUCAAGUGAGCUUAUUUUUACUGCUUUUCUUUUACCGGAUACAAUUCAAGCAACUAGAAUGAACUGGGGUGGAGCUGGAAGUCAAAUGGGGAACAGCAAAAUGUCUUUCAACAGUCCCGGAGGUGGUGGCUUCAUGAAUAAUACAUUUGGUGAAUCACCAUUAUCUCAAGAAAAGAGAGAAAAAAAGAAUCUUGGUAUUGUUCCAGCCACAGGGGCAAUGUUACAUAAUGCAAUUUAUGAUGUCACUACAGAUUGCUUGGUGAUAAAUAAAGUCCCAUUAAACCAGGUGACUUACGUUGGUAUGGUGAGGUCUGUAAAGGAAAAUCGAACUCAUUUGUUGUUUGAACUUGAUGAUUUCACUGGAAAAAGCAUCAUAGUCAAUCGAUGGAUUGAUCAGGAACAAAGUGCUGAGGAGUACGAAGCUUCUACAUUCAGAGAGGACGCCAUCGUUCGUGUUACUGGUUAUCUCAAACGUGUAGAUGAGAAUAAGAGACAUAUUGUCGCGUUUGGCAUUCAUGCUGUAAAGGACUAUAAUGAACUGACCUAUCAUAUGUUUGAUGUUAUUCAUUCCAAUCUUUCGUUACAAAAGAAGAUGCGCGAGAAUGAUAAUGCCAACACUUCAGUAAGCGGCGGGCCUGGUGGUGACUUUGGAAACAAUUCAUUCUCCGCCCGCGGUGAUAAACCUGGUGAAACGCCCAGCGGACUGUCCCUUAAUGAUAAUAAGGUUUAUCAAAUCAUUAACCAGGAUACGGCGCCAGCAGGAAUAUCCGUCAUGGACGUGGCAAGGCGAUUAAACAUGCCCGAGAGGACAGUACGAGAGAGUGUCGAACGCUUGAGUGACGAAGGCCAUAUCUAUUCUACGACAGAUGACGACCAUUUCCGAUCGACGAAUGCUAUGGCGUAGGUAGCAGUACUCUAUGUGUACACAUACCUCUCACGUUUACCCCCCAAAUUGUUGCUUCAUGGACCGAUAAUCGGACCGAUACCGUUAUAAAUAUGGACAAACACGGUUUGCAAACAUUUUCAACUUCAGGGUCUAAAGUUGUGUUAAUUAUUUUGAAGAAAUAACGCUAGAAAGCAGGGACCGGUUGUUCGAAACCUGAUUAGCUUACCCUCAGCCUGGGCGAUGCAAAUCUGCAAUGAUCACUUUCGAACAAUUUGUUCACCAAGCUCAAUAUUUUGUCCCAGAAAACUUCUCUGAUUUUAUGAAGAUUUUAUAAGUCUUGAACCGAAAAGCUAUCCAGAAAUACAUAAACAAGAAUAAAUCAGGUUAAAUUAAAUCUAAUCCAUAAAUUCAUAAACAAGGUUAAAUCAGGUUAAAUCUAAUCCAUAAAUACAUAAGCAAGGUAAAAUCAGGUUAAAUCUAAUCCAUAAAUGGUUAAAUCAGGUUACAUCGAAUCCAUAAAUACAUAAGCAAAAUUAAAAACAGGUUUAAUCUAAUCAGGCUUUGAACGACCGGCUCCAGGGCUGUUUAGUUAACUAUUUAAGUUCUGAUUUGUCCAGAAGAAUAAUAUAUGUAAAUCUGGUCUGGAAA